AGCUAGGCCCCUUCCUCCUACAGUGCCUGUCUACCUGUGUUUGAUGCUUGGGGCUAGAAAGGUUGACCUUGUAGCCCCUCACCUUGUCUCCUCAACGCACUGGGCUGGUUCAGCAGUUGACCAAUGAAGGUCCUGCUUGCGUACCAGCCUUGGGUGAGUGGCCCAGGAACUGUUUGCAAGGUUGUGUUGAAGCUACUUGUAACUAGACCAUCUUCCCAGCUUGACCACGAGCUUGUUCGAAGCAUCUCUGCUUAGUCUCCACUGUAGUUCUGUGGGGAUGCUAACCCUGGCUUCCGAGGAUCCGAAGAAGAAGCUGCAGUUGUGACUGUUCCUUUUUGGUCUGUCUUCAUCCUGCCUGGCUCACGUGGCUCCUGUCCUCCUGUGUAGCUUGUGGCAGUGGGGUGACGGCAGCCAUGGACACAGGCCAGAGAGCUGGCCCAAGCAAUCCUGGUGACAAGGAAGAGGAUCUUCAAGGGCUGUGGCAGGAACUCUACCAGCUCCAGGCUAAGCAGAAGAAGCUCAAGAGAGAAGUCGAGAAGCACAAGCUUUUUGAAGACUAUCUGAUUAAGGUCCUUGAGAAAAUCCCCGAGGGCUGCACGGGAUGGGAGGAGCCGGAGGAGGCGCUGGUGGAGGCCAUGGUGAAGCACUACGGGAAGCUCUUCACAGCCAGCCAGGACACGCAGAAGCGCCUCGAGGCAUUCUCCCAGAUGAGCCAGGCCGUCCACCGGAGCCUGGAGUCUCUAGAGGAGGGUCACAGGGCUCUCAUGGCGAGCCUCAAGAUCCGGCUCUAUCAGCUGCAGAAGAAGUGUCACCGCAAGCAGAAGCAGUGUUGGCAGCUGGAGCACAGCAUCACUUACCAGAAGGACAUUGACUUCGACGCAAACACACACACCAGCAGCAGCUAUAAUGAUCAGCUGCUCAGCUACAUGCAAAUGAGCAUCACCAACAUGGCCCGGCAGUGCUGCCCCUCUGCCUACAGCAUGCCCAAAAGCAUGGAUCUCUUCUCCAAGCUCAGUCUGAUUAAGGAGUUCAUGUUGGACAAAAUGGAGACUAUAAGACUGAUCACACUGCUCACGGAACCCAGAGUGUGCUGGUCUUGGAACAGCCUCAGGGACCAGGGGCUCAGAAGACACCCCAAACCCUUCAGGAAAUAUCCAAGGAGCUGGGUUUCCACACCCAGGACCCCCUUUCCCAGCCCCCAUGCUUCAGAGUGCUCCAGCCUAUCCUGACCGGCCUACGCCUUGCAGGCCCCGUAGCAUCAUGACGUCUCCUGACCUGCC